UCUAAGUUCUCACUGACGUCACGAUUUACACGUCGCCAUGUUUUCGUCCGCUGCACAGUCAAACUCUGAGGAAACUUUCCCUUUCUAGGUGUUAAAAAUCAUCGUAGCAGAAUAUUCACUUAAAGAACCCUUAUGGAAGUCGCAUCAACAUAAACCACAGACAUAGGGGACCUUCAAGAUUUCUGACUUCAGACAGUGUAAAGUCCACAACAAGUCAUGUCUUGGAUAUCAAACAUUGCUGGUAGGGCAGAGGAACUUCUGAAUAAGGUUGAUCAGACGGCAGCACAGGCCCUGCAGACAGAGGGGGAGACAGCAGCUGUACCCAGACAGCCUGCCUCAGAUGUACAGAGGAGUCAUCAUGUGGAGACACCCAGGUAUGAGAGGCCUGGACCUCCUGAACCCCCCAGGAUGGAGACCCAGGCUCUGCACACGUCAGUAAGUAUGGUGAGCCUGUCCAGCCCACGGACAGCCAGCGGGAUGCCCCGUGUCCCCAGCCUGGGCACUAUCUCCCAGGGAUCCCCACAGAGAGCUUAUGGGAGGAAGAAACCUAAGGAUGAGGACGAGAAACUUUUUGAAUUCCUUAAUAGCCCAAACACCUUCCCAGCAGCAGAGAAGAAGAAGGAUGUCACAAGGGCUGCUGAGCCCAGUUCUACAGGUGGGAAGCACUCCAGGCAGUCGAGUGAUUCCUCCUCAGUGUCAGCAUACACAGAGGGCAGUACGUCAUACAGCUCCAUGGCAGUGGAAGCCAAGGAGAAUGUGAUGCCUAUAGCUACCCCCUCUGUGCAGCAGACUGGGAGUGGGGAAAUGUCCCAGACUGUGACAGACAUCAGUGAGCCACCAUCCAGUGAACCAACAACAAAUGGAAGUUCUGACGGCAGUGAUGGUGUGCCAACCAGCAGUGAGUCCAGUGAUGACCAACCUCUUAGACAACAGGUAUCAUCUUUGACACUGGAGAACAACCUGUUAAGGACAGAGGUGUCCUCCCUAAACCAGGAGAUGACCUCCCUCAUACAGAGAUGCAAGUCUGCACAGGAAGAACUGACUCGAACCAAACAGAGACUGGACACCAUGUCGUCGGGGGCGUCCCAGACAGACAGGAUUAUCCGUGAGCUGCGGUCGCGAGAGGAGGACCUGACCGAGGCCAUCACCACCAAGGAUGCCCAGCUGGCCGUACUGAAGGUGCGACUGGACGAGGCUGACCAGGAGCUCAAGGUCAAGAGGACCAUGGUGGAGGAGCUGCAGAAUGAGAAGGACAGGAUCCUGAGGGACCACAGUGAUUCGAGUGGGAUCCACAGCCAGGCACUGGACAGCCUGAGGGAGAAGCUACAUGAGGCAGAGGCUGCCCUGAAGAGAGAGCAGGAGUCUUACAAGAUAGCUCAGAACGAGGCCAUGGAAAGACAACACAAGCUGGAGGCAGACAGACACAGUAUGGCUGAGUCUCUAACAUCUGCACAAAAGCAGGUCCAGGAUGACAAGAAGAGAAUAACAGACCUGACUGCACAUGUGGAGAAGGCUAAGGCAACAGCAGAAUCAGCCAGACAGGAGCUGUCAGAUUACAAGCAGAAGGCAACACGGAUUUUACAGUCAAAGGAGAAGCUGAUCAACAGUCUACGUCAAGGCAGUAGUGAAGGGGACUCUGGGGCUGCAGGAGCAGGGGCAAGUGUGGGGCUGGAGUUGGAGGAACUCAGACAUGAGAGGGAUUUGCAAAGAGAAGAUAUUCAACACCUCAGCAUGCAGCUGGACCAGGCCAGGCUGGAGCUACAGGAACAAGAGUCCCAGCUGCAGUCAGAGAUUGACAUGUCACGUGACCAGAUCAGAGAACUGGAGGACCACCUGUCACAGGAGAAACAGCUGAGAGAAGAUGCUGAGACAGAACUUGCCAGCCUGAAGCAGGAAAUGCGUUACAUCCAAGAAGAAAUGGUGAAGCAAAAGACAACCUUCCAAACCAGACUGAAGGACCGAGAAGAAGAGAUUCAGAAGCUGAGGAACCAAAUGACAACCAAGGCAAUGAGCACGACCACCCAGAGUGAGCUGGAGGGGCGGCUGCACUCCCUGACUGAGAGCCUCAUUCAGAAACAGACUAUGCUGGAAGCCCUCAGCACAGAGAAGAACUCCCUGGUGCUACAGCUAGAGAGGCUAGAGCAACAGUACAGAGCAGCCCAGCCUCUAGCUGGCAAACAUCCUGGUCACACUGUAGUAGGUGGGAUGGAGGAGGAGGAUGCUUCUGUUCCUCUUGCAGGUGCCAGAGUCCGCUCUGCCCCGUUCUUACAAGUGGACCCAUCAGGCACAAGUCCCAUCAACAGAGUCAAGCGAGCUGCCAACAGCAUAGACAAAUUCAGUAUUCGUCUAGGAGUCUUCCUGAGAAGAUAUCCAACAGCAAGGCUCUUUGUCAUCUUGUACAUGGUGUUGCUGCACCUGUGGGUGAUGAUUGUGCUGCUGACCUACACACCUGAGAUCCACACAGGCGACCAGUUCCACCCAGACUUGAAGCAGCCUCACCCUGACCAGCCGUAAAAACACCAGUCUGCUACCCUGUAUCACAUAUCUACAACAAGCUGGACUUCAUAUAAAAGCACUGGUACAAAUGACAGUAGUUAUGGACACAGUAUGGGCCCAUAGUAACUUAAGACAAACUUGGAAACACAGCAAUUCUAAAGCAACAACUGUACAUCCAAAUAAUGUGUAUUGAUGUUAAAGGUAUCCAGGGUUUUCCUUCAGCUUUGGGCCCAUGCCGGAGACUGAAGUAGCAAGCAAAGUAUAACAGAAAAUGAGCAAGUUGGUCCUCUCAUGUCAUAGGGUGAUGUAAAAAGUGCUUGGUGGUAUAAGGUUAGCCACAGGUGACAAAUACAUCCAGAUGUAUAGCACAUGUAUCACCCAUAUUAUGUGCAGUCAUUACUGUUUCCUUUGUAGAUAAUUGUUGCUACUGGUACAUGGUAUGUACUUAGCUUAACUCUGUUGUUCAUGUUCAUACAACAGUUGAACUGUAUUACUCAUUCCCAUUGAACCAUUAUGAUAAUGAUUUUCUGAACACUACUGAGGUCUUUUAUUUGAAUUCCGUGACAUUCAACCCAAUAUAUCAUCAAAUUGUUGAUCUCACAUGCUAAUGGCUCAUUCUUUUAGCUGAUGUAUUUGUUGGUGGCCUUAUCAAAUGGUGUAUGAUCAAGAAAGUGUAUGGAGUAUGUGCUAUGUCAUGUUAAUAAAGCUAGUAGGGCUUGAAAAAUAUUCUUGGACUGUAACAUGUAAAUUGUACAUGUAUAUACAUGUAUUAUAAUAUUAUAGUCCAUACUGCAUGUAAAUACCUGGAAGUUAAUCUAAAUGGGUGAUCAGUCUUUAGGUAUAAUUCUUUCCAUAGAAAAAGCAAGUCAUAUAGCAACACUGUCAUAUAUUUACGCAUUACUCUCGUGAGGUACAUAGUUCCAGUAUUCCAAAUUGAUACUAGUAAUAUGUAUCCUGAUAUGUAAUACAUGUACAAAUUUACUUCUGUGCAAGAGGUUACUAGUUAUGCUGCUUUGCUAUCAUCAUUUACAUGUAUGUUGAAAUCUUGAAAUAAAGUGUUUCUGUCAAAGAAUGUAGAGAACAUUUUAUAAUCAUGCAUUAUCAAUGGACAUUCUGUUUCAGAGUUUUGUGUACUUGGAAAUCAGGAUG